AGCACUUGAAAGAGCUUCAGAACCACCGCUAAAUACGUCGCCGCCUUUCUUGAUAGCUCGACCCUAAUAUUACUUCGAGCCAAAAUACAUCGAGACGUUUCUACAACAGGCCUGAGCCCCUCUUCAAGAUGCAGGCCCCCGUUCUGGUAAUGAACACUCAGAGUGGUGAAAGACAGACCGGAAGAAAAGCCCAACUCUCGAACAUCACGGCCGCCAAAACUGUCGCAGAUAUCAUCAGAUCAUGUUUAGGACCAAAGGCUAUGCUAAAGAUGCUAUUGGACCCCAUGGGAGGUAUCGUUUUAACAAAUGACGGCCAUGCCAUCCUACGAGAAAUCGAAGUGUCGCAUCCAGCAGCAAAGAGCAUGAUCGAGCUCAGCAGAACACAAGAUGAGGAAGUUGGAGAUGGAACUACGACAGUUAUCAUUCUUGCUGGAGAGAUUCUCGCACAAGCACUCCCACAACUCGAGCGAAAUAUCCACCCCGUUGUAAUCAUCUCAGCAUUCAAGCAUGCCCUGAAAGAUGCUCUCGAGAUCAUUGACGAGAUCUCCCUCCCAGUCGACAUCAACGACGACAAAGCCAUGUACCAACUAAUCUCCUCAUCCAUCGGCACGAAAUUCGUCUCUAGAUGGUCAGAACUAAUGUGCAAUCUUGCCCUCAAGGCUGUCCGAACCGUAACUUUCGAAGUUGGUGGUGGGAAGAAGGAAGUUGACAUCAAGCGUUAUGCACGAGUUGAGAAGGUUCCUGGAGGAGAGAUUGAGGACAGUACCGUUUUGGAUGGAGUUAUGCUCAACAAGGAUAUUACACAUCCAAAGAUGAGAAGGCGGAUAGAGAAUCCUAGAAUUGUGUUGUUAGAUUGCACGCUCGAGUACAAGAAGGGAGAAUCGCAAACGAAUAUCGAGAUCAGCAAGGAGGAGGACUGGAAUAAGAUCCUGCAGAUUGAGGAGGAGCAGGUCAAGAUGAUGUGUGAUGCUGUUCUAGCUGUCAAGCCGGAUUUGGUCAUCACUGAGAAGGGAGUUUCUGAUCUCGCACAACAUUACCUCAUGAAGGCAAAUGUUACUGCUCUCCGCCGAGUCCGUAAGACAGACAACAACAGAAUAGCCCGUGCCGUUGGCGCCACGGUUGUCAACAGAGUUGAAGACCUCCAAGAAUCCGACGUAGGAAUCCAGUGCGGUCUCUUUGAGAUCGAGAAGAUUGGCGACGAGUACUUCACUUUUCUCACCAAGUGCAAAUCUCCCAAGGCUUGCACGAUUCUCCUCCGUGGCCCAUCAAAGGAUAUCUUGAACGAGAUUGACAGGAAUUUGGCCGAUGCUAUGGCCGUCGCGAGAAAUGUUAUGUUCCAUCCGAGACUGUCGCCGGGUGGAGGAGCUACAGAGAUGGCUGUUGCAGUUAGACUCGGACAGUUGGCCAAGAGCAUUGAGGGUGUGCAACAAUGGCCUUACAAGGCUAUUGCGGAGGCUAUGGAGGUUAUCCCAAGAACUCUGAUCCAGAAUGCUGGUGCUAGUCCUGUCAGAGUUCUCACUGCUCUGAGAGCGAAGCAUGCAGAGGGUGGCAGCACAUGGGGUAUUGAUGGAGAUACUGGCAAGUUGGCUGAUAUGAGAGAAUACGGUGUUUGGGAGCCAGAAGCUAUUAAGUUGCAGAGCAUCAAGACAGCUGUUGAGUCUGCUUGCCUACUCCUGAGAGUAGAUGAUAUCUGCAGUGCAAAGGCUGCGAGACAAGCUGGAGGUGGAAGCGCUCCUGCAGAGGAUUAGAUAGCGUUGUCUUGAAAAAGUCAGUGUAUGAAAAGCGAUGAUAAUUGUGGACGGCAUUACCCUUGUAUCAUAGCAUAGAGCUCAAGGCCAAUGUAUGUGCGGAUAUCAUGCCAUUCGCAAUCG